UUACAGGCACGUUGUUGAUCAGGGGACGAUCAGAGUUACCUCCUGGCUUUAAAGCUAACAGACUCAAAAGACCGUAUUUGUGUUGAGGAUUUGGAGUGAUCGCCUGAGGGUUGUAAGGAAGACACACCAAGGUUUAUCUGCGCUAUGAUGCUGAUGACAUGACAUCACUGGACACAGAAACAGUUGAUUACACGGAGGCCUGCAUAAAAUGCCUGGCAGUAGGAAAAUCAUACAAGUCUCACUCGAACUGCCGUAACAUCAUUCUUCUUCACACAACCCGGUCUAUAAUUUGUGCUGGAAAAAAAUCAGGGCAACUGUUAGAAAAGAAAAAGAGAACUCGUGACAGACUUGGGAAGAUAGUCUCAGCUUGGAGGAACAGCGGAGGAGGCCAAGUUCUGAUUCAUGUUGAGGGUCAGCUAUCUGAGGACAGGUGUCUGGAACAGUUUGAUGAGUUCAUUACAAAGAGUCUGUCUGAUCUCAUUGAUGACGGAGAACUAUAUGUAGACACAUACAGGCGCCAAUGGCUAUCUGAAAUACAGAACUUUCAAAACCAUACUGACUUCGUUUUUGUGAACGUGAAGGAAACGAGGGGGAUAGCCACUCUGGAUUUUAACACAAAAGUGAGGAAUGACAUAGAAAAUGUAUCAAUAACGUCUGUCAAUUUGGCUAAAUGCAUGCUCAACGGGCGGGAAAACACAGUUCCCCCAACGACGAAAGGAUUAUAUGAAAAUAUUCAACUACUCCAUGAGUGCCGGAAUACUGAACUAAAAGGAUUACAUGUUGACAAAUUGAAGAGUCCAGUAGCAACGAAGAUUUCGAGAAGCCCGUCAGAUUUCGUGGAUUAUUUAUGGCAUGAUCUCAAAUUGAAAGAUAAUCUGACCUCUAUGUCCAAGGUUGGGGGAGGAGGAUCAUACUAUGUUGGGAUAAGUGAGGAUACCCUGGACAUUGAGAGUUACAGAACCAAAUUUCUUAAUAUUGACGGGUUUUGCAUCAAAUUUGAAGAAUCUCAGAUCACCACAGCCAUUAAAUCCAAACUUCAAGGUGACACAAUAGCCGUACAAAAAGGAACUUUCUGUAGAGUUCCUGACGAUUUGAUUGAAGUCAGGUUACAUCCAAUUUCUGGAACAGAGAGACGUGUUCUGGAGGUAGCUGUGCGUUGUUUUGAUGGUAUCAUCUUUAGUGACAAGGACGGACCAAGGACUUAUGAAGUGAAGGACAAAAAUAUUCAUCGGAUGGACAAAGCCACCUGGUUAGAGCGAUUCAAAGCCGUGCAGAGAUAGUUUAAUAGACAUUCAUCAUGGAAGGGGAGUUAGAGCUUGGUGAAAGAACCAGUGAUAGUGGCGAGAGCGAUGACUCCACUGUGCCUAGCAGGUACAGCUCAGAAGGAGACGUUCCAUUACUGACUGAUGACGUUUUCUCUGAUUCGGAUGAUCCAGUAACAGGAGCACAGACUUCCGGAGAUACUCUCCAGUCAGGCACUGUCUCUACAUCAGAACAAAGGAAGAUUGUUGGGAUACUAUCAGCUGAAUCGGAACAGUCGCACUUCGGCAUCUUCCCGUCCAUUGUUGAAGAAGCUCUCACGAAACAGCAUGCCCACAUUGUACAGAGGCUGAGAGAGCUACCAGGCAGAAAUCGUACAGUCGUCAUCUCAGGAGGUAGCCUGCUGAAGUUGAUAGACCCAUCCUGGGAGAGGCGAGUACCUGCGUCUGUCCUGUGUGAUGCGUGUGUGUUCUGCACGACACGCCCUGUCAUGGUGCUGACUUUCACAACUGGGGAUGAAGACAACCACAAGAACAUUCAAUACAACACCAAGUUGGCGACGUUGAUCGUACAACAUGUGAAGGUGGACACGAAGUUUGAUUUUAAUAUCAUUCAUGACACUGUCGACGCAUCUUUGUGUAAGGAGAGACAAGAUUUCCUGACGAAGAUCGAACAAUGUGAGAAUUCAGCCAAAUGCAUCUGUUUCCCCGCCGAACUACAUAUGGACGAAAAGAAAUGUACAGCAAUCAUAGAGACCUUCCUGAAAUACCUGUCUGAUGGCACUGAGUCAGCCAGACUUUCACCAUCUACGGAGGAUAAAGUACAUGUGAAGACCAUUUCCGAACAAGAUUCGGGGACCCCGCUUGAUGAAUUACGACAACAGUUACGUGCUCUGGAUGAGGACCAUCAACAAGUGAUCAGUGAAGUCAACCAGCAUCAUGAAGAGAAACUAUCAAAACUGAUGUAUCUGCAUGCUCAGAGAAAGCAGAAACUGGAGAAGGAAAUCGAAGAAUUAAUUCAGAAGCCUCGCCAUGAAAAAAGAGACGAAACAUCGGAACUCCAUCAAUUGAACCUUUCUGCCAGAACGUCAAACAAGUUUCUGUCUUCCAGAAUGGACGACUUCCCCAAAUGUUCUGUCUGUCAGCAUCAGUUUACCCUGAAGGGUCCCGCCCCCUACCUACUGCCCUGUCUACACGCCGUGUGUGAGACGUGUGUCACAUCUGUAGCUGGUGGUGUGAUAUCAUGCUCUACAUGUCAAGAGGGAGGUCAACCUCACGGACACAAGCCUCCAGAAGGAUGCAGUGAGACAGAAGGAAAUAUUCCAUCUGACAGUAAAACAUCGCCCCACAGAGCUCUACUGUACACAUAAAAAGGACGGCAACCAGGCUGUGUGUUGGUGUCGGGACUGUGAAGAGUUCCUGUGUGAGUACUGCCAGAAUGAGCACAGCAACAUCAAACUUUCCAGAAACCAUGUACUUCAAAACUUCAGUGACAUGGUACCGACUGUCUUGAACAUUCCAACAUUUUGCAGCAUCCAUAAA